AUGUCCUGCUACGAGCGAUGUCCCCCCACGUCCUGCGGCCCUACGCCGCUGGCCAACAGCUGCAACGAGCCCUGUGUCCGGCAGUGCCAGGACUCCACCGUGGUCAUCCAGCCAUCCCCCGUGGUGGUCACCCUGCCCGGGCCCAUCCUCAGCUCCUUCCCACAGAACACCACCGUGGGAUCCUCGGCAUCCGCAGCUGUUGGGAGUGUUCUGAGCGCCGAGGGUGUCCCCAUCAACUCGGGCAGCUCCUUGGGCUUUGGCGGCCUUGGGGGCUUUGGCUACCCUGGGUUGGGCAGUGGCUACAGCCGGCCCUACAGGCGCUACAACACCUCCCGCAGUGGCUUCUACUAA